AUGGUCUUGUUUUUCAUCCUCCAGUGGGGCUCCAGUGUUUUCCUGUGCUACAAGAAAUCAGUGUCGGCGUCCAAUUCCAUCAAUUACAAAGCCGGUGAGUCUUCUUUGUUGUCUAUCUACCAUCUCUCCACAUCGGUCUGCCUUUUCUGCUCACAUUGAUGGAUAGUUAUUAUUUCCUGGCCUUUGUUUAAUGCUGUUUACCAUAUGUUUCCGCUUGCUUUGCACCUGAGAUGACUUCAAAGUAAUUGUAUGUUGAUCUCUUAUGAUUGAUCUGAAUUGACAGGAGCUUUCUGUGUGCUGUAGAUAAGACUAAAUGCACUGGCAUAUGCCAGCUCUGUUAUCUGUCACUCAAAUACCUGGAAACUGCACAAUAUUCUCCCUGAUGAUUCCUGGAAUAAAUGGCAUGAUUCGUUUGGGGGUUUUGUCGCUCUUCUGAAUCUUAGGAUAUGGGGUAGGUCCCAAAUGGCACCCUAUUCCCUAUAGGCCCUGGUCAAAAGUAGUGCACUAUAUAUGAAAUAGGGUGCCAUUUGGGACAUAGUCCUAGUUUCAAACCAAUGCAUCUAUCUGGAGUUUAGAAAAGGGCACAGCCUCACAUUAGAAUUGUUCACGGCAAAUCAGAACUCUUAAUGCAAUUAGCUCUGAGUGUUUCUCAUCAGCAUUCCCAGCCUUAUUUCUGGUGCCCAUUUUAUUUCAAGGUGGAAAACAGUGUCAUUGUGCGUCAUUGCAAUUGCCCUAUGUUUAUCUUUGUCACGUUUGGUUUUUCAUUUGAAUGACCUCCAAACAGGUUCUUAUGGAAAAUAAAAUUGCAUGUGUUCUUACUAGAAAGAUGAUGUUUCUGAGGACAGCUAGCCCAUAAUCAGACAUUUGUAAGGCCCUAUUCAGAUGGUUUCCCUCCAUGUACCGGUAUCCACAUUCUUGUAAAUAAUGCAGAAUUGUUCCCUGUCUCGUACUUGCUACUUUCGGAGGUCAGAGCUGGGUGUUGGCUUAGACGGGCCCCUGUUCAGAUACCACGUACACACACCUUAUCUCCACUAGGCCUUCUUCCUGUGAGGUGACGCUUUUUAUUCGCCAGACCACAGACUGCUUCCUACCCCGCCUACUCUUUUGAGCGCUUUAUUUUGACAGCAUUCUCUGAAAUUCACAAAAUGCCAUGGGGUGACAAGGUCUUGGUCAGCAAAGUGUUGCUUUCCUUUGAAAAUAAUGUGUCCUGACUCUCAGCACACUGGCUGAUGUCAAUGAAAAUAUGACAAGGGAAAGGGGUUUGAUCUUAUUCCAACAGCCAAGUGAGCCAAUUUUCAUCCUUCCUUCCCUUCUCCUGUCUUCACUUCAUAGGUGUGUUUAUUAUUGUGUAGUGGGAUCUGUAGACAUCAUUUUCUCCUUGGGAUAUGUAGUCUAGUGCUUUCAGUGUACCCCAAUGAAAUUAAUGUUACAUGUAUGUUUAUACCAAACAUAAUAUUGAGUUGCACCCCCCUUUUGCCCUCCGAACAGCCUCAAUUCGUCGGGGCAUGACUCUACAAGGUGUCGACUGCAAUGCUUCCCACUGUUGUGUCAAGUUGGCUGGAUGUCCUUUGGGUGGUGGACCAUUCUUGAUACACACAAACUGUUGAGCGUGAAAAACCCAGCAGCGUUGCAGUUCUUGACACACACCAGUGGCCGCCUGGCACCUACUACCAUAUCCCGUUCAAAGGCACUUACAUUUUUGGUCUUGCCCAUUCACCUUCUGAAUGGCACACAUACACAAUCCAUGUCUCAAGGCUUAAAAAUCCUUCUUUAACCUGUCUCCUCCCCUCCAUCUACACUGAUUUGAAGUGGAUUUAGCAAGUGACAGCAAGUGACAUCAAUAAGGGAUCAUAGGUUUCACCUGGUCAGUCUAUAUCAUGGAAAGAGCAGGUGUCCUUAAUGUUUUGUACACUCAGUGUAUGUCUUGUGUGACUUGCCGUAUAAAAAAGAUUGAUUGAUUGCUCUCUCUCCUCCAGGCCUCAUCUUCCGCUACCCAGAGGAUGACUAUGAGUCCUUCCCCCUGUCUGAGUCUGUGCCCCUGUUCUGCCUCCCCAUGGGGGCUAAGAUCGAGUGCUGGGCCCCCAACACACGCUACCCUCUGCCCGUCUUCUCCACCUUUGUGUUAACCAACUCCUCUGGGGAAAAGGUAGGUGGACUAGAACAAUGGUAUUAUAUCAGUUAACAGUGAUUUACAAUGAACCGUGAGUAGAUAGUUCAGGGCUGUUCAAUUUCGGCCCAUGGAGUGCCAACGCUGAGCAGCGCUGUGAUACUGUAGAUUGAUUGAGAGCUGUAAUAGUCAACAUUCAAGUCUCACUUCCUGAGCUGCAUGUGACAGUGGGAAUGGGUAGAAAUAUUUGUUUUCUCCUCAGGCUGUGUGUUUCAAGGCACCUGAAUGUCAGCUGCCCCUUGAGCAAACUACAAUCUGAUCACAAGUUAUGUCCCAAACCAUGUCACUUCUCUCUGAGCUAGAGGGAGUAAUGAAAUUGUACUUUGUUGUGUAAACGUUGAAUGCCAGUUGAGAUGACGGGUGGCGUUCAACGUAAACACAUUUAGCAAUUUAGUGUAAAGGGUGCACAAACACUACUCGCCAUAUCAUAAAAAUGCGGAAAGGGCAUUUGUUAACAUCUGUUAACAAACAUGUUAACACAGGAAUCUAUCUGUUAUAUAAUUUGAUCUGCCCCAGGUGUACGGCGCAGCCAUCCAGUUCUACGAGGCCUACCCCAUAGAUCUCCUCAGUGAGAAGCAGAAGGUGCAGCUGGGCCUGCUCACCACCGUGGAGAAGAUGAUGAUCCCCAACCGGACGGUCAACACCAACAAGUGCAUCUGCCUGCUCUCCCGCUGGCCCUUCUUCGAGUCUUUCCGCAAGUUCCUCAUGUUCCUCUACAAGCUGUCCGUCUCGGGCCCCCACCCGCUGCCCAUCGAAAAGUAAGGAUUGCGUCAUUUGUCAAGUUGGAGAUUUGGUUUAGGAUUGCGUCAUUUAUCAAGUUGGAAGCUUGUGAUUUGCUUUGGGACUAUUCCAUUGGUUCCAUUGUACCAGGACAACUAAAUCAGGUGUAGCUCAGGAUGAAUGUUUUUUAAUCAUGUAUUUGACUUUUUUUAUAAAUGAAUUUGAUAGUAGGUGGGUGUUGGUAGAGACUAAUGUGGUUUUGUUUGCUGGUUUGUUUCUUUGACAGGCACAUCUCGCACUUCAUGCACAACGUGUCCUUCCCCUCACCUCAGAGGCCCAGAAUCUUGGUCCAGGUGAGAUGUCAUUGUGUUUUUUGUGUUAGCGAGGGAAGUUUGUUGGGGUUUUUGCGUCUGUCUCUGCGUGAAUGAAUGUGUUUGAUGUGUGGAAAAAAAACUGGUGUCGUGGCAGGGUGACAUUUUUUUGUUUUUGUUUUCUCUUUCAGCUCUCUGCACAUGACACCUUGAUGCUCGCACAACCUGUGUGCACUCCUCUGCCUCUCAGGUACGACCUAUUUAAAGCUGGCUGAAUGGAUCAUGCAAAUGUGUGUUCUCCUGACAUUAUCGGCUGUCUCAAAGGGUCAAUCUGAUUUUGUACUUGCACACAUUUAGGCCAUACACACACACACACACACACACACACACACACACACACACAAUCAAAAUCGGAACCCUCAUCGUAUUCUCAUAGCUGGAUUUCAGAUGGUGGUAAAUCCUCUCAACAAGUUUAGAGCUGUGAUAAUCUAGGCUUCAGGACCAGAAAGAGAGACUGGGCCCAGUUAUUGUUAUCAUGGUAGAGCAUCAACCACAGAUUUUCCAAAGGAAAUACCGGGGUUAGAAAAAGCAAUCAUCCAGCACCCUCCAAAGGUUCUAGCUUCGAAAUGCAAAACGCAUUAAUUCAUGUCAGUUUUCCAAGGUCAAAUAUUCACACUUUAAAACUGAAACAGCACUGCCUGUCUGUCACAUUGUGGACAGGACCUUCAUUAUUUAGUGUAGAAAUCCAGCCUGUACAUAUUAAAUAAACUGUUAUGCUGCCAUUGCAUUCUGCCAAUAAACCUCAUAAUGUUCUAAAAAUACCAUAUGUUCCAUCAUUAUCAUCAGGCUUUUUCCUCUCCAGACUUAUAAUAAUUUUGGGCCAGAUUUAUAAGUGUUUGCUGCUAUGCAAAGUUUGAAACUGUUAUUCUCUGAAAAGAAAAGUACUUUCCCCUGAAAAGGUUUUUAAAAGAACAUGUUUUGUCGCAAGGGCACAAUGUAACCUGAGCUUCUGUCUCAAUCCAGUUUACCUUCACCCCCUCCCUUACUUAUUUGCCCACACACCUUCUCAGUGCACCUGUACCAAUUACAAACCUACCUUCAAAGAUGGCUUCCCUUCAUCCAAUCCAACCAUUGAUGCCCCGGCCAUUGGAUCCCUAAGUCUAAUUUGAAUUGUUUCCCAAUCCCUCUGUGCUCCUCUCUUCCCAACUUGCCUCUCUCCCUCUCAUCCUCUCAUCCCCUCCUCCCUCUCUCUCCUCCUCCCCUCCUCUCCUCUCCUCAGUGGGGCAGACUACAGUACGUUGCUGAUGAACCUGGGCUCAGAGAACUGUGCCACGCUGCUGCACUUUGUCCUGCUGGAGAGUAAGAUCCUGCUUCACUCCCUGAGACCCGCUGUACUCACCGGGGUAGCAGAGGCCGUAGUGGCUGUGAGUGAUACAGGAUAUGGUCAUACAGCUUUUAAAAUGUAAAAAUUAGAAUAAAAUGGGACUUAUUAAUUGGUUGGUUGGAGUUUCUAUCCAGUUACCAUUGGUAUACAGUGUAACAGUCCCAUGUAGGACUGAUUUUAGGUUAAAAGUUAGAUCAAAAUGUAAAAUAGAAGUUAGAUUUUCUCUCCAUCUGUGUUCUUCUCUCCAGAUGAUCUUUCCAUUCCAGUGGCAGUGCCCGUACAUCCCCCUGUGCCCCCUCUCCCUGGCGGGGGUCCUCAAUGCCCCCUGUCCCUUCAUCGUGGGCGUGGACUCCCGCUACUUUGACCUUUAUGACCCCCCGCCGGACGUGGUCUGUGUGGACCUGGACACCAACACUAUUUACCUGUAAGAUCCAUACACUUGAAAGGAGCAUUUCCCCCAUUUUGACAUGUGGAUCUGUUUACACACUCAACCUGUUGUCAAUACCCCCAAACAUUCCCAUAUAUUGCAUAUAAAAUAUUUAAUUAUUUACACGAGAAUGAGCAUAUUCCAAAAACACCAUACUAACAUUCUGAACCAUCUGUGCAGGUCUGAUGAGAAGAGACACAGUAACUGGAAAAACCUUCCAAAGAAACCCUGCAAGAGUCUGUUUACCUCCCUGACCAACCUGCACCACCAGUUGGGCAUCGGUAGGUACACAUAGUCACAGUCACCUCAACUGUACCCUCAUAGCAAUUGCUUCAUGGCCAAUGCAUUCAGGAUAAAAGUACAUCAGUUGGACGUAUGAUAUAGAAGUUAAUUCUUUAUGAAUAUACGUCUUUAGAUAUAAAUUAUGAAUGAAUUCUAGCUAUCUAGCCGAUGGUGAGUAAAUGGUGCAUUCAGCCUGCUUUGCUCAUGUAAUAUAAUAAUAAUGAUAAUAAUAAUAAUAUAUUCGCUGUAGCAGAUCCUUUUCCCAGUCAUGUGUGCAUACAUUUGACGUACGGGUGUUGCUGGGAAUUGUACAAACUAGCUUGGCGUUGCAACUGAGCGACAGAGGACCACCUUUGGUAUGUGAAAUGUGAAUAAAAUGAGAAAUGUUUAUAUCCAGUCUGGUGGUUGUUUUCAGUGCGUCGGACAGCCCAAGAGGGAUUGGCAGUGGAGAUGACCCCCAUCGAGGCAGACUUCACCUGGCACAAGAAGAUGACCUCCCUGGAGAUGGAGAUCCAAGAGGCCCUGCUGCGCUUCAUGGCCAACAUCCUGAAGGGCUACCGCUAUUACCUCAAACCCAUCACCCAGGCCCCCUCCGAGAAGGCCACCUCCGCAGACUCACUAUACGACCUACAGGGUUAGUACAGGCUGUGUAUGUGUGUGUUACCGCCCUUGCCUCAAACUCAUCACAGAGGCCCCCUCCGAGAAGGUCACUGCUGCAGACUCACUAUAUGACCUGCAUGGUGAGAAUGGAUGGAUCAUUUUUAGUCCUUCGUUUAUUUGCCCAGAAAAUUCAUCGCAGCACCUAGAACAAGAUCUUACGCAGGCGCUGUUUUGUCUCAAGAGAAACACAAAACAGACAAAAGAAAAGACAAAUGGGCUAAAACAUCAGGAAAGUCAAAUGAUCAUUUUCAUUUGUUGCAAUCUCACACAUUUCUCAAAGUAUUUAAAUUGCGCAAUGUAUUUUCUACAUUAUGUUAAUGUCAAAUCCAGGGGCUGUGUUAAACCGAUAGCAUAUCUGACUGCUCCUCCAAGUGUUCAUAACAGGCAAGUCUCCUAUUUCACAGGCCUACUUAGUGAUUGCUCAGUGUGUCAGAAAUCAAUCAUCCAUGGCAUUGGCUGUAAAUUCUUUCCACUGACGCAGGCUUCUUGGAAAGGCAUCGCAUCCUCAUUUAGGUCCAUUAAGGCCAAUGGAAGCUGCAUAACCAGUGGGGAAAGAGCUGCACACCUUGGUUAUGGCUAGCUAUAUUGGCUAUACACCUGGGUUGAAUACCUUCACUUUCACUUAUAAAAUGCAUUCGGAAGAAAAUAUAGCGAUAUAUAUACUGUAUAUUAUAUUGUCUAUUUGAUUUAAAAGGCUACUUCACAAGACCACACUACCCAUUCACUGAAUAUAAUAUAGUUUUUUUUUUUUACUGUGGAAUUGUAACUUAAAAAAGGCCACUAAAAUCCACUGUAACACAAAGCAUAUUUCCUUUCGGCUUUUUUAUUUCAUCUUUGGCCACACAGCAUUGCCUGUUUUAGUGUUUAGAUAAUGUUUGUGUAGCGUUUCCUAUGGAAUAGGCCCAUUGACCUGGCUCUCUGUCCUCUACCAGGGUUUCUGAAGAGCAGGGAGCGCACCCACCAGAAGUUCUACUCCCAGCUGACCAAGACUCAGAUCUUCAUCCGCUUCAUCGAGGAGUGCACGUUCGUCAGCGACAAGGACACGGGCCUGGCCUUCUUCGAUGACUGCAUUGAGAAGGUGAGCAUUAACAAGAACCAGGCAUCAGGGAUCAGUGUUGGGGUCAAUUCCAUUUAAACUCCAUCAAUCCAGGAAGUUAAUUGAAAUUCAAUUAAUAAUUUUUAAAAAUCCAACCGUGUUUCCAGCGGGCAAAACUGGUUGAAAUUAUGUCAUUUAUGCCGCUUUGCCUGCUGGGUUAGUGCCAAUUCCAUUCCAACUCCCAUCAAGCCAGGAAGUGAAUUGAAUUGAAAAUGUACCCCCAAACCCUGCUAGACAAGAACAAGGCUUUCCUCCAUCAUCCCUGGCAAGUGCCUCAGACAGACGUCAAUUUUCUAACCCAAUUUCUGUGGCAUUUCUCAGUUUCCACCGUUCCCCAUGAAAUACCUUUUUUGUUAUAUGUUGUUUUAUUGGUGACUUAGUCGUAACAUUCCUCCAGGGGAGACUGACGGAGGAAGGCUAAUUUCCUCUAUUGAAUCUGUUCCUCUCACUUUUUCCCCCUGCAGCUAUUUCCCUCCGAUAAAGGCAGUGACAAAGGCACUAAGGUAAUCCAUCACACCGUAGUCUAGUUUUAACACCACCUUUUCCAACUGGGGUCUGUCAAAUUUUUAUGCAUUGAUUAGAAGAAUUGUUUUCGAUCUGGUUGUAGUGAUUUGAUUUGUCUGUGUGUGUGUGUUUACUACCAUGUGCGUUGACACUAAGAACAUGUUUUGCUCUCCAUAGGUGGAGGGUGAGUCCUCAGAGGACACCAAGCUUAUGGAACUAGACGAAUCACAGAAGAGCGAGCACACGGUCUUCGUCAUGCCUCCAGAACCCCCUGCCACUGAGGAUGGGUCUGACCCCCCUGCCUACUACAGGUGAGCUUACCCCCCUAAUUAACAUCAGUGGGCCUGGUAGUGUUUUAUAGUGCGAGUGUAAUUCUGUUGUGAAGGGUUGACAGUGCACCUGGCCAGGAGGAUCGGAAGCGGUUCUGCAUUGGCUUCACUCUCAUACCUGUGGCAUCUCCCUCUUCUCCUCUCUCUCUCUCUCUGUCUGUCUCUCUCUCUCUGUCUCUCUCUCUCUGUCUCUCUCUGUCUCUGUCUCUCUCUCUCUCAGUUAUAAGAGUUUUCCUCGGUUGCGUUUGGACCUGUUUGACCGCCCCAGGGAGGUGAUACCAGCGCUGAGGAGUAGUACACCAGGGGCCAGCCUGUCCAACAGCCCUGCACUGCUGGCCAAGAGGACCAAGCAGGUACACGAUCACACACACAGUCAGCCAGAUAAGCAGGUGCAACAGUUUGCUUUAUUGCAACUCUGCAGGAAGGGAAGGGGGAAAACAACAAAAGAAAGUGACUUACAAAUUCUGGUACUUUCCUGAUCAUUCUGGUUCUACCCACUGGAACCUUUCUGUACUGCCCUGACCACCUAACCACUUCCCCAGUCAGGGAAUAACCUAGCCUGCAAUGGAUACUGCCUGCUGCGGAGUCAUUCUCUCAGGCUGUGAUGGUUCCAAUAACAAUAAGUCACUCACCACGGUCACCAGCAACAACUUAUUUACAGCAGGGCAGAGAAGGGGUUCAAAGCCAGUCUGCACACGUCAGCCUCCAACACUAGCUUUACUUUGGACAGGAAUGGAAGAGGGGGAAGAGCGAGGUGUGUGUGUGUGUGUGUGUGUGUGUGUGUGUGUGUGUGUGUGUGUGUGUGUGUGUGUGUGUGUGUGUGUGUGUGUGUGUGGAGGGAAAGGGGCCACUGUGACCUGUUUCUAGAAUAAUAGACCUCAGAGGAAACUAUAUUUUUGUGUUGUUUCUUUCUCCUCUUUUGUGGGAGGCCAAUAUAUUGUUCCAGUUCAGGCAGAACUGUAUGUGUAGCUUUGUCUGGCCCUUUUAGCAAGUAUAUUAACAUAUUCACGCAUAUUCUCACCACGGCACAAACAUUGAGUUGUGGGUGUCGGGACAGGAUAUCAAGCCAGUGUGAGCUGCUUUCGCCUCAAAGACCACAAGCAGUAUUUGUUUGUAGGCCAUUGUUCUACAGAGAGAGGAGGAAGGGGAGGUUCACCAUUAGGAACGUGCACAGUCACACUCACUCCAACUCUCUCCUCCCAACUCUGACCAUCAGGAAAUGGCAAAGGAGAAUAAUCUGAAAUACAUCAUCUGAAAUCAAUCAUAAUCAGUAAAUUGUCUGCAUGUCUAAUAAAGCUAAUUGAACUGAACUGAACUGAACUCUGUGUCCUGCCACAGGAGAUCAAGCUGGCCUACAAGAUGGCCAAGCGCUUCUACUCCAACCCUCCGCUGUGGGCCAAGUGUCUGUUCAGCCACUGCUACAGCCUGUGGUUCAUCUGUCUGCCCGUGGGGGUGAGGCUGGCCCAGUCCAAGAGCUGGGCCAUGCAGCAGGCCUACAACGUCCUGCUGAAAAUGAGGACCUCUGAGGUGGAGGUGCUGGAUGAGGUGAGGGGAAUGGGGAUAGGGGAGGUUGGGGUUUAUUGGGUGUUUGGAUGGUUGGGGGGGAUAUGUAUGUAGGGUUGUGAGUGCUUAUGGUUGGUUAUCUGUCGACGUAUGCGGAGUGUUUGUCUGAGGAUGUUUGUGAACAUGAGUCUUUGUGAGUGGGCUUGAGUCUAUCUGUCUGUCUGCUACUAUUAUCACUUCCACUACAGUGAUAACUUCAGUGGAAGUCUACUGUAGCCGUUAGGUUUUUAUUGUCUUGGAGUGUCCUCUCACACAUAGCCACCAUCUCUCCCUCUGUAGGUGUGUUACCGUGUAGUGAUGCAGCUGUGUGGCGUGUACGGUCAGCCUGUCAUGGCCGUCCGUGUUCUGGUGGAGAUGAAGAAGGCGGGGGUGCACCCUAAUGCUAUCACCUAUGGAUACUACAACAAGGUAGGGUACUUUAACCAGCCGAUCCCAUUUCACUCCCUUCACCUUGACCCUAACCCUUUAAUGUUUGGUCUGGAUAUUAAGAUGUGUAGUUGUGGCGCUUCCACCAUAUUGCUUAGACCUUACAUAUCUGCAACCAUUUAGGGUUAGGGAUAGGGAUAGUGCAAGAUUUUGGCUUGCUAGCUGUACCUGUAGACUUCCAGUCAUUGCGCUAGUUAGCAAUGACUCGCGAAACUACCUUCAACUUCCUUCAAACUGCAUGCAGAGACAAAAAUUGCAACAAUCUCGCACUAUCCCUUUAAACUAGCCCAUACAAAUACCUCAAUCCAAAGUAGGCCCAUGUUAAUCUCCUCUCCACUCAUUCUUCCAGGCUGUUCUGGAAGGCCCCUGGCCCAGUCGGAACCGAAGCGGUCUCUUCAUGUGGGCCAAGGUGCGCAACGUGGCGCGCGCUGUCUCUCAAUUCAAACAGGCAGUCCACCGGACGCCCGCCAUGAAUGGACCCACCAUCAUCACGACAGGUGAGGUGUCAGAACACUACAGAGACAGAGCAUGGGAGAGAGUCAAUCACUUAGGUUGGAGUGCAAACACCACAGUACCAUGCUUCUACAUCUGCAUUGCUUGGGGUUUUAGGCUGGGUUUCUGUAUAGCACUUUGUGACAUCUGCUGACAUUUGAUUGAUUGUUGCACCAAAUGCAUAUCACGUUCUACUUAUUUCAUCUAUUUUAACUAUGUAAUGUACAUGUGCUUGUAUGUAGGACAAUACACUCUAUUUACAAUAUACUGUACAGACCACCUUCCUUUGUUUGUUUGUAUUAUUCCUACAUGGUUAAGGCCAGUAGCUCUCAUUUUAGCUUGCUCACCUAAAACUCUGAUCUGGGACACAGGAAGUGAUAUUGGCCAAUCAGUGGGCGGCUCGGCGAGCAGCGACGGCGACCGGCUGAGCCACUGGAGUGUGGACAGCUCCAGCGAGGCGAAUGGAGAGGAUCACAAGCUGUUCGCACGCAGCCUCAUCAUAGGAGACGCCACGGACAACCACUGCAGCAGAGGUAGACUGCAGCCUGGAGACACUGGACGAAGUCCCUACAUGUACAGCGUCUCCUAUCCCCUACCCCCUAGCUGCUAGCCCCUAUCCCUAGCCACUAACCAUUAGCCCCUAGCUACUCGUCUGUUAGCCCCUAGCCUCUCGUCUAUAGCCCCUGGCUACUAGUCCCUAGCCUCUAGCCCUUAGCUCCUAUGCCCUAACUUCUUGCACCUAGCCCAUAGUCCCUAACCUUCAGAUGUGCACAGAUCUUAAAAGACUGGGUAGAUUAAGUCAAUAUGUUUGUGUCCCACAGGAGUUCAGUCUGAUCAAGGCUACGGCUCUAAAGAUGAGUUGCAUCAGGACCUAGUGGAUUUGGCUCAAUCAGCAGCCCUUGUAAUCGCCGUGGAUCAGUGCAGCAAGCCCAAAGCACAGCACAACGGUAACCAAUACAGCCAACCCCAGUCUCAGGCAUAACAUAGAAUAGUAAUGACGAGAGUUCAUCUGCUAGAUGGGCAUGCAAUUUGUCAGUCUUUUAUAUUCAGGUUUUUUUUAAUGAAAAACUCUAUGGGUAGUGCGAAAAACAAUGACGUCCUAUCUGAAUUCCUCCAUCUUUAUGCACCUUUGCUAUUGGUGUGCAAUCAUGUUUCCUCAGGUGGGGACAUAGCUGGCUCGUUGGACAGUGCAGUGGUUGUAGUGGAGCCCCCCGGCCCUGUUAAAGCCCUCCCACAUGUCCCUAGCAUCGUCAAGCUGUCCACAGGGGCGAGUUUUGAUACCGCUUUGAAGAGAGGAGACACUGGUGAGUGACGGGAGCAGACUCAAACUUAAAUCUAAACCUAAUCUCAUAUCUGAGGUUUACACAUUUGAUAUUUGGGGUAACAUUUUUGUCUUCAAAACAGCACUGAACUCUCCUUAUGGUUAUUGGGGGAAAUUGUGGACAGAAAAUGUCCCCUAGUAUUGAAGGCCUAUGUGUUCAUUUCUACCACCAGCCCCUGGGAAGCUGUUCUCUCUGCGCAGCCAGAGCGAGGACGUCUCCCUGCUGGAGGAGGGUAAGUCUGCAGCCCCGGGUGGCUCCGGGGUGGCGGGGCCUGCGGUCCAGGGGCAGGUCCAGCGCCAGAAGGCCUUCUCGGAGCGCAGCUGCAGCUUCAGUGCCGAGAGCCGUGCCGGCAUGCUGAUGGAGAAACAUGGUGUGGACCACAUCGCCAGCCGCAUGGGCGCAGAUGCACGGAUCUUGGCGGCGGCUCUCUCUGGGGGCGGCACCAACCCCCCGCCUACAAAGCCGCUUCCCAGUGCGGCCAAAGCCCUCUUUAAGGACCUGGAGUUGGAGUCUGAGGAGGGGCGGGGUCCGACUCUGGGGAAACUGUCAGAGGAGGAGGGGCCAGUAAAGGACCCAACCCCACUGGAGGAGGAGGAGGGGAUAUGGAAAGAGGAGAAGAGGAUGAAAGGUGGCAGGAAGGAGGCAGGAGAAAAGGAUGAGAUUGGUCUAAAGUUGGAGGAGGAAGAUGAGGAAAGAGAUUCAGGGGGGAGGGGCUCUAUCUCUCUGCCAACCUUGGAGAUUAAGGAGGUGCAGGUAGGGGCAGACCCCCUCUCCCUCCUUGUCUCGGAGCACGAGGAGUUAGCCUCCGUAACCAGUCAGGAGCUGCCGCAAUCCCUGCCUGCCGUGGUGUCCCGAAACCUGGCCGACGAGAUUGAGAUGUACAUGAGCCUCCGGAGCCAGCUUGGCCCCAAAUCCUGUAGCAUGGAGCUCCACCAGGGGGGCCAGGGAGGGGACUCUUCCCCGGAUGCUGCCCCAGUGACGCAACCUCUAGAACGGAGGUCCAGCCUCCCCGUGCCCCCUGUCAAACACCCAGGGGGGUCAAGCGGGGACACAACGCCUAAACACAGCCCCGCAGCCGUCACACGCUCCAAGACCUUCGCUGUGAAGGCCUCCAGGAGCCCUGCCUCUUCCAGGGGUGUUGUGGCCAACCCAAGGUCAUCGUCGCUGACUGCGCUGGUGAGGUCGUCACAGAGCGGUUCGCUGGGCUCGGUCAUCAACUCCAUCUCGGGCAUGAAGAUGGACGCCCUGCUCUCGGGUCCCAAGAUGGACGUGUUAAAGUCAGGCAUGAAGCAGGCAGGGAACCUGGCCAGCAAGGUGUGGGGAGCCGUGGCCUCAGCCUACUCUUACUCCGACGACGAGGUGAGUGGGGAUGGACUGCAUAACAUGCAUACAUAGCUAGAUUAAAUAAGAGAUAAAGUAAAAUAGUAAUUAAUUGCACAAUAAUAACCUGCAACAGCCAGAUGAUAUACAGUGGGGUCCGAAAUGAUUGACACCAUUGAUAAAGAUGAAGAAAAUAAUUCAAAUACUGAGCUACAGUGGGGAAAAAAAGUAUUUAGUCAGCCACCAAUUGUGCAAGUUCUCCCACUUAAAAAGAUGAGAGAGGCCUGUAAUUUUCAUCAUAGGUACACGUCAACUAUGACAGACAAAUUGAGAAAUACAAAUCCAGAAAAUCACAUUGUAGGAUUUUUUAAUGAAUUUAUUUGCAAAUUAUGGUGGAAAAUAAGUAUUUGGUCACCUACAAACAAGCAAGAUUUCUGGCUCUCACAGACCUGUAACUUCUUCUUUAAGAGGCUCCUCUGUCCUCCACUCGUUACCUGUAUUAAUGGCACCUGUUUGAACUUGUUAUCAGUAUAAAAGACACCUGUCCACAACCUCAAACAGUCACACUCCAAACUCCACAAUGGCCAAGACCAAAGAGCUGUCAAAGGACACCAGAAACAAAAUUGUAGACCUGCACCAGGCUGGGAAGACUGAAUCUGCAAUAGGUAAGCAGCUUGGUUUGAAGAAAUCAACUGUGGGAGCAAUUAUUAGGAAAUGGAAGAAAUACAAGACCACUGAUAAUCUCCCUCGAUCUGGGGCUUCACGCAAGAUCUCACCCCGUGGGGUCAAAAUGAUCACAAGCAAAAAUCCCAGAACCACACGGGGGGACCUAGUGAAUGACCUGCAGAGAGCUGGGACCAAAGUAACAAAGCCUACCAUCAGUAACACACUACGCCGCCAGGGACUAAAAUCCUGCAGUGCCAGACGUGUCCCCCUGCUUAAGCCAGUACAUGUCCAGGCCCGUCUGAAGUUUGCUAGAGUGCAUUUGGAUGAUCCAGAAGAGGAUUGGGAGAAUGUCAUAUGGUCAGAUGAAACCAGAAUAUAACUUUUUGGUAAACACUCAACUCGUCGUGUUUGGAGGACAAAGAAUGCUGAGUUGCAUCCAAAGAACACCAUACCUACUGUGAAGCAUGGGGGUGGAAACAUCAUGCUUUGGGGUUUUUCUGCAAAGGGACCAGGACGAUUGAUCCGUGUAAAGGAAAGAAUGAAUGGGGCCAUGUAUCGUGAGAUUUUUGGUGAAAACCUCCUUCCAUCAGCAAGGGCAUUGAAGAUGAAACGUGGCUGGGUCUUUCAGCAUGACAAUGAUCCCAAACACACCGCCCGGGCAACGAAGGAGUGGCUUCGUAAGAAGCAUUUCAAGGUCCUGGAGUGGCCUAGCCAAUAACUUUUGUUAUUGACCAAAUACUUAUUUUCCACCAUAAUUUGCAAAUAAAUUCAUUAAAAAUCCUACACUGUGAUUUUCUGGAUUUUUUCCCCUCAUUUUGUCUGUCAUAGUUGACGUGUACCUAUGAUGAAAAUUACAGGCCUCUCUCAUCUUUUUAAGUGGGAGAACUUGCACAAUUGGUGGCUGACUAAAUACCUUUUUUCCCCACUGUAUAUUAUAUGCAAAAAAGGGUAAGUUAUGUUAUUUUAUACUAAUACAAUUGUUCAGAGAAAGAUUUUGUGUAACAAGUAAUACUUUUUUUCUCAAAAGGUUUGGGGUAAAAUGCAUUGACACCCCUGUUUUCAAUACCUUUUAAUACCAUACCUUACGAGGACAACGGCACUGAGCCUUUAAAAAAAAUGUUUUAUGAGUUGGAGAACACAUUGGGAGGGAUCUUAGACCAUUCCUCCAUACAGAAUCCUUCCAGAUCUUUGAUAUCCUUAAUCUGCGCCAGGGGAGAAUGACUGCCCCCCCUCUCAUUGAAGCCGUGGAAGUUCAAUGCCGACCAUGGUACUCCAGGCAUUGUUAGCUGAAAACAGGAUCUCCCAUUAUAGUGAAUGGAAAAAUUGCAAUCUUCGUGUAAAUACAAAAAAGUUUUGAAGACAAUCAUAGUACCAAUAAUUGCUUCUAAUACACCAGAUGCAUGUCCUUGAACCAGUCAUCCUUCAUCUUUCAUCCUUCAUCCUUCCAACUUGAGUUACUCAAUGAGAGGGGCUAGCCUGCAACGUCACUUCCUGGAGUAGCUCAAACUGCACGUUAUGUCUACAUGAGACGCCAUCUUAACCGACUUAAUUUGGCUUCAAUGCGCUGUUGAGUCUUCACAUAGGAAUUAAUAGUGUCACGUGAUUGAUGGGUUUGUCCAUUCAUAUAUACAGGAAUUGGUCUGCACUUAUAGACUCAAAAUAGCCCCAUAACCAGUGCUUAAUUUGAACUCAGUUUUGGACUGUUUCGUUCCGGAACCCAUUUGCCAGGAUCCAAUACCUCUCUUGGAAUGAAAAAUAAUUUUCACUAAUAAACGCAAUCAGAGUUAAUUCAAGUUGCCUCAUCUGUAAUUCUCCUGCCCCGUGAAAACGUGCCUGAUAUUCUAAGAAUUGAUUCGAGUUGGGCCGGCCCUGGUUUAUGGUUUUCGCACAACAUUGUAGCCCUAUAGACCAACGUGUGGCCAUUGCUGUGGUGAGAGAUAGAAGCGCACCUGUAUCUCUCACAGAACAAGAAUGAGAUUUACUUCCUAUGAUCUCUCGCCCUCUCUCUGCUCUGCUAGACAUGAGCCUGCAACUCUCAUCUCUCCAGCGUUGCACUUCAUCAUUUAUUUCCUUAUAGAAUCAUAGCUGCGGGAAGGGUGCUGGCGGUGCCGCUGCACCCCUGAUAAAUUGAAGUUAUAGAAAUACUGCUGUCUGUUCAGAAAAAUGAAAUAAUUCAGAAGACUACACCAGGACUAGGUCACAGAGGAUCAAUAGUUUAUUUUUGUAUUAUUUCCUUGCUGUGGAGUGUAGCCCAAUCACAAGGCAUGCCUACAGUCGGAAAUGCGCUGCAAAUCAGUCAGUGAACAGCAUGCAGCCAAAACACGCCUUUCGCAAAAUGUUCAAAUACAAUCGUGGGAAAAUACAGAUUGGAAAGUAAAUGGCUCCUGCUGAAAAGAGAAGACUAAUCUGCCUGUAGGCUACUAAAUAUGGUCAAUUUCCAAAUAGACCUAUUGAGCAAACAACAUUGUUUUACUAAGUAAAACAAGAGAGGCUUUUGACACAGGGGCGCAUCAGCCAUCGCCGGUGAGUGAGCUGUACGUCAUUGGGUGAGUCAGUGAAACUGGAAAGCUUUUUUAGGACUAUAAUUUCCUCCUUAUGUUGUACAAUAUGUGUCUCCACAAACUUGGCCUAGGCUAUUGAUGGAUUCAAGACAAGGUUGUUUUUGUUGAUCUCAGUUUCAGUGUCAAAGUAGACUGUCAUUUCGUUCAUUUGGAGGUAUAAAAAAAAAUCUGGUAAAGUCUUCAGUCAUCUAAAAUGAUGUAGAAUUGCAAGAAAUGCGUUUAUAAAAGGCAAACAUUUUCCCAGACCCUAGGCUACAAAACUUUAUACCCAUGUGUGUGCAACUUCUUCCAUCGCCUCUACUCUAAUGCUCUAUGCCUGUACACAAAAGCAAUGAUAAUGCAUGCAAUGCUAUAUUAUAAAGGUGAUAUAUUUUUUAUUUUUGGGGGGGCUUUCCGGUACCUUCCACUGGUCCUGGGGCCCUUGUUAAGGUCAACGGCAUCAUGAACUUUACCCAGUACCAGGACAUUUUUGCCAAAAACCUGGUUGCCUCUUCCAGGAGGCUGAAACUUGGCUGCAAGUGGAUCUUCCAGCAAGACAAUAACCACGCACACAUCAAAAUACACAAAAUUGGCCACAAAAUCAACAUUUUGCAUUGGCCAUCUGUCUCCAGACUUGAAACCCAUUGAAAACGUGUGGUUUGAAUUGAAGAAGGCAGUCCAUAAGCGGCGACGAAGGAUAUAAAGGAUCUGGAAGAAUUCUGUAUGGAGGAAUACUCUAAGAUCCUUCCCAAUGUGUUCUCCAAUCUCAUAAAACAUUUUAGAAAAAGUCUCAGAGCCGUUGAAAACAGGGGUGUCAAUAAUUUUGACCCCUACCUUUUUGAGAAAAAAACAUUAUUACUUGUCAAACAAAAUCUCUUUCUCUGAGCAAUUGUAUGAGUAUAAAAUAAUAUAUUUUCCCCACUUUUUUUAGCAUAAAAAUAGCUAAGUAUUUAAAUUAUUUAUUUUAUACAGUUAUUUUUGCUCAUCUUUAUCAAGCGUCUCAAUAAUUUUGGACCCCACUGUAAAUACCACACUGUAAAACACCAUUAUAUACGGACAAAUGAUGUAAGACUUUGACUAUGCAAGCAGAGCAUCUUCACAGGUUCAUCUUGCAAACCAUAUUGCAGAAUGCAUUCAGUGUUGUACAAGUGAAUAAUAUGACGAUUCACAAUCGUUUAGAAGUUUACAUUUGGCCUUAUUUCCCCCUCUUCCCAGGAUGAGCUGGGCCCGGGCUAUAGGGAUAGGGACAGUUUCCCUGCUGGGCUGGAUGAGUCCAUGCUGUUGGGGGGUGGAGGAAGGGACAGUCCCACCCACAGAGGGCCCACCCAAGGCCUGGUGUCCAACGGCCUGACCCAGAGCAGCACCAGCCUGGGCAGCAGCAGUGGGAGCAGCGACACAGGGAGAGGACCCCACUCCACACGUAAGCAUACACACACUUGACACACACAUUUUAUAUAAAUACAAAAGUAUGCAGGCACACACACACACACUGUUUGUUAAUGCAUGCACGAGAAGACAAACAACGUUACCCGUAUACCCAUAAACACACUCACAAGAUGUGGAAGGGUGUAUGGUUGAAAGUGUGUGAUUACUCCUUGUGUGUGUAGAUGUGACUCCAGGAAGGCCAGGCAGAGGUCCAGACUCUGAGAGGUCAGACCAAGGCUCCCACCACGCCAGCUCCUCUAGUAUCUACCAGAACUGUGCCCUGGAGGUGAGACUAUCAUACUUUAUAUAUAAGUGGCUACCAUACUCAAUAUACAGUGGGGAGAACAAGUAUUUGAUGCACUGCCAAUUUUGCAGGUUUUCCUACUUACAAAGCAUGUAGAGGUCUGUAAUUUUUUAUCAUAGGUACACUUCAACUGUGAGAGACGGAAUCUAAAACAAAAAUCCAGAAAAUCACAUUGUAUGAUUUUUAAGUAAUUAAUUUGCAUUUUAUUGCAUGACAUAAGUAUUUGAUCACCUACCAACCAGUAAGAAUUCCGGCUCUCACAGACCUGUUAGUUUUUCUUUAAGAAGCCCUCCUGUUCUCCACUCAUUACCUGUAUUAACUGCACCUGUUUGAACUCGUUACCUGUAUAAAAGACACCUGUCCACACACUCAAUCAAAUAGACUCCAACCUCUCCACAAUGGCCAAGACCAGAGAGCUGUGUAAGGACAUCAGGGAUAAAAUUGUAGACCUGCACAAGGCUGGGAUGGGCUAUAGGACAAUAGGCAAGCAGCUUGGUGAGAAGGCAACAACUGUUGGCGCAAUUAUUAGAAAAUGGAAGAAGUUCAAGAUGACGGUCAAUCACCCUCGGUCUGGGGCUCCAUGCAAGAUCUCACCUUGUGGGGCAUCAAUUAUCAUGAGGAAGGUGAGGGAUCAGCCCAGAACUACACGGCAGGACCUGGUCAAUGACCUGAAGAGAGCUGGGACCACAGUCUCAAAGAAAACCAUUAGUAACACACUACGCCGUCAUGGAUUAAAAUCCUGCAGCGCACGCAAGGUCCCCCUGCUCAAGCCAGCGCAUGUCCAGGCCCGUCUGAAGUUUGCCAAUUACCAUCUGGAUGAUCCAGUGGAGGAAUGGGAGAAGGUCAUGUGGUCUGAUGAGACAAAAAUAGAGCUUUUUGGUCUAAACUCCACUCGCCGUGUUUGGAGGAAGAAGAAGGAUGAGUACAACCCCAAGAACACCAUCCCAACCGUGAAGCAUGGAGGUGGAAACAUCAUUCUUUGGGGAUGCUUUUCUGCAAAGGGGACAGGACGACUGCACCGUAUUGAGGGGAGGAUGGAUGGGGCCAUGUAUUGCGAGAUCUUGGCCAACAACCUCCUUCCCUCAGUAAGAGCAUUGAAGAUGGGUCGUGGCUGGGUUUUCCAGCAUGACAACGACCCGAAACACACAGCCAGGGCAACUAAGGAGUGGCUCCGUAAGAAGCAUCUCAAGGUCCUGGAGUGGCCUAGCCAGUCUCCAGACCUGAACCCAAUAGAAAAUCUUUGGAGGGAGCUGAAAGUCCGUAUUGCCCAGCGACAGCCCCGAAACCUGAAGGAUCUGGAGAAGGUCUGUAUGGAGGAGUGGGCCAAAAUCCCUGCUGCAGUGUGUGCAAAACUGGUCAAGACCUCCAGGAAACGUAUGAUCUCUGUAAUUGCAAACAAAGGUUUCUGUACCAAAUAUUAAGUUGUGCUUUUCUGAUGUAUCAAAUACUUAUGUCAUGCAAUAAAAUGCAAAUUAAUUACUUAAAAAUCAUACAAUGUAAUUUUCUGGAUUUUUGUUUUAGAUUCCGUCUCUCACAGUUGAAGUGUACCUAUGAUAAAAAUUACAGACCUCUACAUGCUUUUUUAAGUAGGAAAACCUGCAAAAUCGGCAGUGUAUCAAAUACUUGUUCUCCCCACUGUAUGGUCUCACGAAGACAGAGUCAAAAACAGAUGACAUAUGCUGUAGUAAUCUGGCAGUUCAUACAUAGUGCUAGAGGGCGCUAUAGGCUCAUAAUGGACUGUGACCUCUUGCUAUCCGUAACCCGAUAAGAGUUUGUUACAUAGCCAGGGAGCCUAUGCCAAAUGCAUCUGUAAUGUUUCUCUCCGUGUGUGUGUGUGUGUGUGUGUGUUUUUGUGUGUGUGUCUAGGUGCUGAUGUCCAGCUGCUCUCAGUGUCGGUCCUGUGAGUGUCUGGUGUACGAUGAGGAGAUCAUGGCGGGCUGGACGGCAGACGAUUCCAACCUCAACACCACCUGUCCCUUCUGCCGCACCGCCUUCCUGCCCCUGCUCCACGUCGAGUUCCACGACCUGCGCACCACCACAGGGUGGGUGUCUGUCUGUCUGGCUGUUGAAGUAUACACUUGUAUAAUAGUGUAUUCAAUAAAACAGGAUGAGAGAUUUUCCAUGCUAAUGUUUAAAGUAUACUUACUAGUUCAUGAAGAACUCACUAACUUGAAACAGAAUUUGUUGUGAGACACAAUACAAUGUACAAAAGCAGACAAUUAAGCACUCGUACAGAAACGGCUACAUAGGAAGAUACGGUGGCAGGCUUUGAAAUGGGCAUUAAAUACAUUUUAACCUGAUACAAUUAGACAUCCUUAAUUAUUUUCAUCUAAGUCAUUAAAAUGUUCUAUGUGGCUGGAUGUGUAUGCUCUUCCCUUGUUUCAUUGUGUGUGAUCUCCCCUCCAGGUUCUACCUGAAUCCCAGUGCAUCAGGAGACAGUAUCCACAGCACCAGCCACCAGGCCACAGCCACAGGACUCCACUGAGAACAAGGUGGGGGGUGCAGUGGACACCCCGCCCCCGGACCUCAUCAGCUUCCCAGAAUCUGAGGACCCAGGAGAGGCCCCGGCCAGCCAGACUGCCACGCACAAGAGGUCUGUUCACAGAUAUGCCUGUCUCAAAAAUACAUUUAAUAUUCUGUCACCAUCAUAUUACCUUUUAUCCUUCAUCUGAUUUGGUGCCUUCUAUUCAGUAAAUUAAAGGGUUAACAUGUACCCUAAUGAUGCUAAUGUGUAGCUAAGCUAACUUGUUCCUCUUUCAAUUGAACUGUAAGAACUGAAAAAUCACAAACUGAAACUUGACUUGGCUCACUCUUGCUUUGCAUUUUUCUGUUGUUAAAGAUCCUCUGUCUUUACCCUCUCCGUUUGUCAGUUUGGUACCGGAGCCGGCUCAGUCGGACCCCCUGGGCCUGCUGGAGCACCAGGCAGGGAAGAGGGGGACGUCUCUGACACGCAGCAACAGCGUGGGCGGGCCUCUACAGAGCCUGGUUGACCAGAGACAACCAGAACAUAGUGUGUCCACCACCAGCUUGCCCUGCAGCCUGACAGAGAUGGUGGUGUCCUUAUAAUGUCCUCGCAAUCCUUCCCAUUCACAGCGCACCAGGGCUUGAGUCAAUUCAAUUUCAGUUCAGUCAAUUCAGGGUACGAAUUGAAAUUGAUUCAAAUCUUUUCCCUAUGUGGACUUUCAUUUAAAUUGAAUUUAUUUUAAAACUGCAGCACAUGUACAGGCCAUGCGUUUCUAUGCUAUUUAGAAAGCAAAGAGGUUGUUUACACACAGUGCUGUGAAACCACAUUUGUCAAAAAUCCAGAAAUAAAAUGGAUACGUAAUCAGUGGUCACUGUCCAGUGGAUGUAGUGAAUAGGUUUUUCACUGUGGAUGUGAGUGGGAGGCAACAAAAGGUUCUAUUGUGUAGAUGGUCAGAAGUAGUUAUGCAACUGACUAAAGAGCUGUGUGUGUGUGUGUGUGUGUGGUUCUCAGGAUGGCCUGGGACAGAAGCGGUCCAACCCAAUGCCAGUGUCUGUGCCCUACCUCAGCCCCCUGGUCCUCCGCAAAGAACUAGAGACCCUACUGGAGAACGAGGGAGACCAAGUAACACACAUUUAACAGAUAUAAGAAUAGGUUCAGAAAGAAGCAAUAUUUCAAAUAGACAGGGCAGCAAAAUGGGGCCCAUAGAUUCUCACAUGUAGUGUGACUUACAGUAUGUUGAAGGGCCCCUGUGUUUACAAAUGUCAUAAAUGUAGCUAUUGUAUGUGUGUCCCUUGACGUGCUGGUCAUUUGUCAACCUCGCUGUUGCUGUUUCCAUCGUCCCAGUGUCUUUACAGAUUUGUAAAGAGGUUUUCUCCAUCAGGUCAUCUACACCCACAAGUUCCUGAGCCAGCACCCCAUCAUAUUCUGGAACCUGGUGUUUUAUUUCCAACGCCUGGACCUGCCCAGCUACCUGCCUGGCCUCAUCCUCACCUCAGAACAUUGCAACAAUGGAGUACAGGUACAUAACCAUGCAAAGCUCACACACACUACUCAUCUACACAAAUAUACACCUACAGCUUACAAACAGUGCUCUCUACAGUGGCUGAUAGCUCUGAUCACCUCAGAGCUAUCAGCCACUGUGAACCCGAUCAGCCACUGUGAACCCGAUCAGCCACUGUUAAAGGUCAUGAACUAUCAAAAUCAUGUUUUUCAUUAAUUUGAUGAUAUUUGAAGGAUACCAGAUCAAAGUAUGAUGACCAAAGUAUGAAAAAUGACUGUUGCUUCUACAUUGAUAAAGUUGUAUCAUAAAGUUACUGGUUCCCUCCCCCAUGUCAAACACUUGGAUUCAUUAUUAAGGGGACAAGGUGACAUCACCUUAACUCUCUUUUUAAUACACCAAUGGUAACAUGAUAUUCUCUUACCUAAUUUAAAUCAGUACCGCCCAUGUAACCAACAUUUGAGAAGGCAUGGUGGUUUAUAGCUAGAUAGAUACUCUACUGGUGCCUACCUUUGACUGUAGGGUGUCAGCAAAAAUAAUGAAAGAUUUACCCUAUAUGACAAAGAUACUUAUAUAUUUCCCCUUUCAUCUGUGUCUGGUGUUAGCUAGUUACUGGCUAGCUAGGUCUUCAUCUGUGUCUGGAGUUAGCUAGUUACUGGCUAGCUAGGUCUUCAUCUGUGUCUGGUGUUAGCUAGUUACUGGCUAGCUAGGUCUUCAUCUGUGUCUGGUGUUAGCUAGUUACUGGCUAGCUAGGUCUUCAUCUGUGUCUGGUGUUAGCUAGUUACUGGCUAGCUAGGUCUUCAUCUGUGUCUGGUGUUAGCUAGUUACUGGCUAGCUAGGUCUUCAUCUGUGUCUGGUGUUAGCUAGUUACUGGCUAGCUAGCUAGGUCUUCAUCUGUGUCUGGUGUUAGCUAGUUACUGGCUAGCUAGGUCUUCAUCUGUGUCUGGUGUUAGCUAGUUACUAGCUAGCUAGGUCUUCAUCUGUGUCUGGUGUUAGCUAGUUACUGGCUAGCUAGGUCUUCAUCUGUGUCUGGUGUUAGCUAGUUACUGGCUAGCUAGGUCUUCAUCUGUGUCUGGUAUUAGCUAGUUACUAGCUAGCUAGAUCUUCAUCUGUGUCUGAUGUUAGCUAGUUACUGGCUAGCUAGGUCGUCAGCCAGCAUGGAACAAAAGGGGAGGAAGGGUCAUUCAAACCGCCGACGCAGUUGUCAAGUCAACACACCCGUCAGUGCUGCUGUGAACCGCAUCACGAGACAUGCCAAUAAUAUAUAUUAUUGAUGCAGUUUCAAUGUUUGAGUUGCUUUGUAUAUCACCAAAUUUGCUUGAGAUGAUUUGACUGCCAUACUGCUCACUGCAUUCAAGUUGCUUGACAUAGGAUUUUCAAAGAGCUGUCAGUCAAGGCGAGCUCAUGAAUAUAAGCGCACUCAGCCUGUCUUUUCAAAUUUCCUGGUAGUUAGCCAUGAGAGAAAAAGUACUUUUCAGAAUGACUGUUCAGGACCUUUAAAGUAGUACAACAGUAGAUAACUGUGUCUGUAUUUUCCAUUCUAUGUCCACAGCUCCCCCAGACAUCCCUGUCUCAGGACAGUAAACAGGUGUAUGUUCAGCUGCUGUGGGACAACAUCAACCUGCACCAGGAACCUGGGGAUCCCCUCUACCAGAGCUGGAGGACCCUGAGUGAGUACACGCACGCACUCACUCACUCACUCACUCACUCACUCACUCACUCACUCACUCACUCACUCACUCACUCACUCACUCACUCACUCACUCACUCACUCACUCACUCACUCAGCUCUCAUACAUCUAAUCAAGCAAUCAUCCUCAGAGCACUGAGCAAACUCUCUCUCUCUGUAUUGCCUUUUAACAUGCAUGUCCUGCUCAUAUUCGUUAAUGGAACACAGUUUGAGAUGUCAGCUCAUGAAAAGAGCCAUAUACGUAAAACCCAUUAUUCUAAUGUAUUGAAUAGUGAAUGAGUACUGAACCAUCUCUGUUUCCCAGUGGAGAAGAAGGGCACCCUGGCCCCCACGGACUACCAGGAGACACGGACCCUCCUGAACAGCAUCGUCCGCAGCAUCCAGACCAACGACGUCUACGGCCCAAUCAACCUGCUCCUCCGGGAGGUCAAGAGGAACCCAGAGGUCAAACGCCAAAGGUCAGUCCUCCGACACUUAUUUGGAGGGUGAUAUAUUUUGUGAUCCAUUUUACUCAUUCGAUCUAUUUAUUAAUCAAUGGAUCGAUUUGUCUCUUAUCAGGGGUAUCUAUAGGGAGAUCCUCUUCCUGGCGCUGGUGGCAUUGGGACGGGAGAACAUUGACGUCGGUGAGUUAACUGCAUGACACAACCAGUCUUUUUAAACCAAGACUUGGGUAAUUCCAAUCAUCCAGUGUCUUCUUCUGAUGGCUAUAGUUACCAUAACUACUAUGUGCUUUUCUAUUCUGAGUUUGAUGAGCUAAAUAUAGAUGAAAAAAGUGUAAUUCUAUUUCUAUGUUUUUCACCGUGUCUCCAACAGAGGCCUUUGACCGUGAAUACCGCCUGGCCUUUGAUGAGCUGAGCCCAGAGCAGCUCAAGGCCCUGCACAAGAUUGACCGGCCACCCAACAGCAACGUCCAGUGGUGCCUCAAGUGCUUCGGUGCGCCAGUCAUCUGA